AUGGCGAAUGAUGAUAAUUGGGAUGAUCAUGAGUUUAUUACAAAUGCAGUCAUCUUAGGAGCAGUGGUGGCAGUUAGUGAAUUGACAUAUGCUGCGCCACCACAAAGGUGUUGGACUUCGCCAUUGUCGGGGCACAAAUACAUAACAGAUUUGCUUAGAAGUAAUCCAAACAAAUCAUUGUUAAUAUUGAGGAUGGACAAUCAUGUAUUCAUUGAUUUGUGCAAUGAAUUGUCAACAAAGUAUGGCUUGGUGGCAUCACGUAAAGUUGGAUUGAGAGAGACGGUAGCCAUUUUCGUUUAUAUUGUUGCACAAGGUGUUAGUACUAGAGUAGUUCAGGAUUGGUUUCAACAUUCAGGUGAAACAAUCUCACGUCUGUUUCACAAAGUGUUAGAGAGCCUAAUACUCAUGUCUACUGAUAUUAUAAGGCCAAGAGAUCCUCAAUUUUUGGUAACUCCUCGUAAAAUCGCAGAUAGUGAUAAAUAUUAUCCUUUUUUUAAGGAUUGCAUUGGGGCAAUUGAUGACACUCAUAUCCUGGCGGUGGUGCCACCUGAUGAGCGUAUUCCAUACAUUGGAUGGGAAGGGUCAGCUCAUGACUCCCGAGUAUUCAAUCAUGUUGUUACCAAUGAUCAUAGCAAUUUCCCUCACCCUCCUGCUGGAAAAUAUUACUUGGUCGAUGCCGGAUAUGCAAAUCAAAAGGGAUACCUUGUGCCAUACAAAGGGCAAAGAUACCAUCUAGAGGUAUUUCGCAAUGGUUCAGAACCCUCGGGACCCCGGGAAGCAUUCAACCAUGCUCAUUCUUCUCUACGAAGUGUCAUUGAGCAUACUUUUGGUGUAUUAAAGAAGAAAUGGUUGAUCCUAUCGUGA